AUGAACGGCACCGCGGCACCGAUCGACAUCGCCACUCGUCAGAGCUCUGUCUCGCCCCCGGGCCAGCAGGCUUCCAACCUGACCUCGGCCCUACAAAAAGCAGGCGAACGGUCAGGGAGUGUUUCUCAUGCCAACGGCGCGGCUAUCAAUAUGUUCAAAGCUCCCCCUCCCCGAAAGGAUUCCAUCGGCGCAGCUACCGCACAAUGGGGAAGCGGGACAAAACCCAUCUCCGUGUCCGGGUCCAACCGCGAUAAGCAACGGCGAGAAUCCCUCGCGGGAAGUUUAGUUGGUGGGAUGAGUUGGGGCGGUAUUUCUGUCGGCAGCUGGAUACGAGACGACAUCAUCAUGGCCGGCACAUCUCCCUUCACCACAUUUCAAUCGCCUUCUUUCCACUCAUCCUCGUAUCUACCUAAGCUGGAAGCGAAUUUCAUGCGUGACUUCUCCUGCUGUGGGGUCACUCUGCCGACGCUCCACGAUCUCCUGCAACACUACGAAGAAGCCCACGCCACCAAGUCUCCCCAUCAGGGCCAUCGUCCCAGCCAAGCUGAUGCUCGCGCAGCGAUGGCGGCCGCUAUGGCGCAACAGCAAAGCCAGCAGAACAACAACCAAGCCCGUGGAAUGCAGCCUGACCGGGCGAUCGAUAUGCAGCGCAAGCUGAACCAGAGCGUUCAAACCCCUCAACACGUUGACAUUGACACGAUGGACGAUAUGGAGCUGGACGAGCCAAUGGGAGAUAAUGAUGCCUCUUCGCAGCUGUUCUCUCCUCAGUCUCGCGAAGGAAGCCAGGCUCCGUUUGGUAACUCUAAUCAGCGGACGCCGCACUUGAAUCUUUCGAUGCUGUCAAGCAAUCAAGGCUUCAAGGGUUCUCAGCCGGGUACACCCGUGGGUUCCGGCCGCCCUCUCUCCCUGCACAAUAACCCUACUGUCUCCUCCGUGAACACGCCUACUUUGAUGGCCAACCCUCUACAGACCUCUCAGUUCCGCAGCACUCCCGAUUCCUCCGCCCCUGGAACCCCGGCCGAACUCGACGAAAGUAUGCUUGGGUUCGGGGACCUGUCGAUGCAGAACCCUAUGAUGCAACCCCAGUCGCAGUUCAAUCGAUUCCCCACCAAUAAUGACAUGGUGGAUCUUUGCAUUGAUGAACCAGCCAAACGCCUGUUUAGCCCAACUGGCGGCAUCAAUACCCCCAAUGCGCACUUCAAGCUCAGUGGCGCGCAGUACGGCCCUAACAGUGAGAUCGCUCGGCGCAUACGGGAGCAGCAGCUGUUGGCCGGCGUUCCUGAUACCACCGCCUUGCUGCCCAACGAAGAACCGAAACCGUUCCGUUGUCCAGUCAUCGGCUGCGAAAAGGCGUACAAGAACCAGAAUGGUCUGAAGUACCACAAAGCUCACGGCCACAACAAUCAACAGCUGCAUGACAACGCCGACGGUACCUUCUCGAUUGUUAACCCGGAAACGUCGACCCCGUAUCCUGGUACCCUCGGCAUGGAGAAGGAGAAGCCUUACCGCUGCGAAGUCUGUGGUAAGCGUUACAAGAACCUUAACGGUCUGAAGUACCACAAGUCGCAUUCUCCACCCUGCAAUCCCGAGUUCCAACUGGCUGCCGGUCGCAACCUCCAGUUCGGCGGGGGUGUCAUGCAGGGUCAGAACAUCAACGUUGCUGGGGCUGGCCUCCCUGGCAUCGGCGAAGAAGGCCUCUUAUAA